ACAACGCUGACAUCAGUAUUAAAUCGUUGUAGAGUACUUGUCACCAAUGGGUGCGUUGUUUGGAAAUGGAAUGUAGUUUAAUGUUAUCGCUGUACUGGUAAAGCAAAAUAUUAUCAGAUGUAAGGUCAAAGUCAUGUGAUUCUCAACGACGCAGCGGCUUCUACUUGCAGUGCGCACAGACGGAGGAAAAGUUUGCAGGUGACUGGCAACGUUAGAGGCUGCUCGUCAACCCGAGUUGUGUCUAGUUAGGCAUCCAAAAUCGCCAGUGAUUUGUUGGGAAUAUUCUUGUGCCUAAUUACACCGUGGGAUCUUACCACUUGACGACAGAAUGUUUUGGAGGAUUUGUGUAUCUUUUAUUCUGGUUCUUGUCGGAUUGAGCUCAACGUUUGCUCAGAACGAGACGACUCAGUCGCCGACUAUCACAAGUACUACAACAAGUACUACAACCACCACCACACCGGCAACUCCGGCUCCGACUCCCGCACCACCCCCACCUGGCGAAACCUGCGAGAGCAAGAAUGGCACAAACUGCGAAGAAUGUCUGAAGAAUGUGUCGUGUCUGUGGUGUAUUAAAACUAAAACAUGCAUGACUUACCCAAUUAAGACCAUCCUGCCCCCCUACGCUCUCUGCCCGCUCAACGAUGCUCGGUGGGGGCAGUGUUCAAUAAACUUCAAGACCUUGAUCAUUGCCAUGGCUGUGGUCGGUGGAGUCAUCAUCCUCGCUUUCUUCAUCUGCCUCUUCUGCUGCUGCAAGUGUGAGAAUGCUGGGUCCAAGAGAUUUGAAAACAAGAUGGAUAAGCAGGCGGACAAGAGAAAGGGCAAAUCGGAUUCGAGGAAAGCGGAAAUGAGGGUGCGGCAUGAUGAGAUCAGGCAGAAAUAUGGCUUGAGCAAGGCAAGCCCGUAUGCUAGAUUUGAGAACAGCAGCUGAGCAUUCCAAGACUACAUCCUGACUGAAGAUCUGUAUUCCCCUUCAAUGCUGCCCUUGGAGUUACCAACAGAAACAGACCAUUCUUCUUGUUUUAUUGUUACCAUGUCAAUUAUUUACCAAUAGUGUGACAAGGAAAUUGCAUUUUGAUGGUUCUCUAUAAUCAUGACUGUCUUCAGUUUGGCUGACAAGACAAUACCAGUAUCAAGUGUGAAUGCUUACUUGUUAUACGGGAGACCUAACUAGACCUUUUUUGCUGUAACGCUUGAGGCUGCUACUUUCUGAAUCAUGUGUAUUCUCUUCAGCAGCUGGGCAGUGGUAACUAUUGUUGACUACGUUGUAAUUGUAGGCUACAGUAUUUGUCUGCUAUUGCUCUGUGCUCCAACACAUUUUUUUUGUUUUGUUUGCUUAUGUUGAACAAGAUCAAAAGUGUAUGGACUUUCUUAAAGAGACAAGAUUGUUGAUGUUGUAAAUUCGUUUUUCUUAAUUUGUCACCUAAUUUGUCCCCAGUGAGUGAUCAUUUUAAUAAACUUUUUAGAUACUUUAA